AUGGCAGAGGCACCUGUUGCCUCUGGCCAGCAUUACGAGGCCUUGCAGGCCGACCGCAAACUCCUGACAGCUCUCAUGGAGGCAGCGGCUGCUGGUAGGCGAGAGGGCCUGCGCACGGCUAUUCAGGCAAUAGAGGAGCGAUACAGCAGCCGUUUUACGAAGAAUGGAGGCCACUGUGGCGGCGAUUCGAGUGCGGGAUCCAAAGGAGCACCAGGCGCAGAGAGGGCAGCUGCCACGGAGAGCGACUUCCUGCUGGGGUUCAAGGAUGGGCAUGGAAGGACGGUAGUGCACUUUGCUGCCUUAGGGGGGUCACUUGAGGUGUUGCAAUUGGUGUUGGACAUGUGCCCAUCUGGGGUUGAUGCUCGAGACUCCAGCGGAAAGACCCCUUUGUUUACGGCAGCCUCGUUAGGGCACACAGAAGCCAUAGAACUGCUGCUGCAGAGAGGCGCUAAGGUGGAGGCAGAGAGCGAAGAAGGCUGUACAGCCCUUCAUGAAGCGGUCUACGCUGGUCAGCUGGCUGCAGUGCAAAAGCUCCUCUUAGCCAAGGGGACAGAUGUCAAUAAGGCUUCCUCUCUGGGGUAUCCAGUCCAAGUUGCAGCAGCUACAAUGCACAAGAACAUUCUGGAACUGCUGCUUCAGGCGGGAGCGAACCCUAACAGCGACGCAGGCACAUCGAAUACCCCAAGCCUUUUUCCCCCCGCUUUGGUCCUGGCUGCCUCGAAGAAGGAAUGCGAUAUCGUCCGCCUUCUCCUAGAAAAGGGGGCUGAUCCGAACGCCAUGGACAGUGAAGGCUUUGGGGCACUUCAUUGUGCAGCGGAGAACGACUGCACACGAUGCGCUCAAAUCCUUGUUGACUUCGGAGCAGACUGGGGACUGCCUGCUCGAGAUGGAUCCACCCCCCUGGAUUUAGCCCGGCAGCACAAAGCAAUGUCAGUUGUAAAGCUGCUGGAGGCGCUAGGCCCUUGUCCCCUUCCAAGAAGGGCAUCCCCCACUCCGCCUUUAGUAUCCGAGGAGGGUUCUCAGGGGCACAAAGAGGCAAAUGCCGCAGAGGGAGGCGAUGCAUCUGCAGCGGCGGUGUCGAUGUCAAUAGUUUUAGACCCUAACGGUUCUGUACGUAGCGAGGCUCAGGCUAAAGUUGAAAAGCUCAAGCAUGAUGGAAACAUGGCGUUCAGGAAGGGACGAUUCUCGGAGGCGAAGGCAAAAUACUCGCAGGCGAUCGAGGAGUGCCCUAAGGUGGAGGCGGCAAGGGAGCUCUUGGGGGUUCUCUUUUCAAACAGGAGCUUCGCAAAUGAACAUCUGUCAGAUGCGCAGGGAGCCCUUCACGAUGCCCUAGCGGCCACACAGCUCCGUCCCGAGUGGAGCAAAGCACACUACCGGCUGGCGCGCGCGCAUCGCCUCUCUGGGUGCACCGAAGAUUACAUAUCUGAGCUUUGGAUGGCCCUCCGUCUGGACCAGUCUAAUGCGCAGAUUCGCGAGGAGAUGGACGCUGCGGUAAAAGAGGCUCGACUGGCGCACAGGAGGGCGCAGGAGAAAGCAGUCGCGUAA